AUGGAUUCCAUCCAUCUGGACUUCGGCUGCAUAUUUAUGAAAGGUUUGGGACCUUCGCUGAUACAAAAUGAAGGAUUGUUCCAAUCUUUGUUAUUCGAAGCGUGUGGAAGAACUGUAAAUCCAGUGAACGGAGCAGUGGGAUUACUGUGGACUGGGAACUGGCACUUGUGCCAGUCGGCGGUGGAGACGGUGCUGAGAGGAGGCGUUUUACGGCCGUUGCCAAAAUUUUCUGGGUUGAUUCAGUCGCCGGAGUUUGAUGAAGGGUCAGAAGCUAAUAACACUGAUUUGUACAAAUCGCAAGAUCUAAACUUGAGGGUCAAAAGGGAAGGUUUUGAUGAUGGGCCAAGUGACCUAAAUCUCGGUUUGGCAGGGGGUUUUCCGGAGAAAAUGACGGCCGGUAGAAGAAAAAAUCGGCCGCCUGAGGAACGGAGGCCGGCGUCUCCAUCAGACGAGUCUGAAACGACGACGUUGGAGAGUGGUCUUCUGUGUAACCAAGAGUUGCAGCAAAAUCACCCUGGACGGGAAUCUAAGCUUUUGAGACUCUUCUUCUAA